AUGCAUGUCAGACUACCCAGCGACUCCACCGUCGAGUUCUACACCCUCCGCGGGCCUGCAUCGCCCGCCAGGUACAGGACCGAGUCAGGCGAGCACACGCCCGUCAGCGAUCCCAUCGCGCGCCUGACGCGGGAGUGCAGCGCACUUCGCCUCCGACUGGCUACCGCCGAACGUCGAGAGCGCCAAAGUCUGUACGACUCAUCGACUGCGCCAAGCUCCGCCCGCACGCCCCCCUCCGCCCGACUAGAACUCGCCAUCGACACUGCAUUCGCGUACAGGGACACCGCACGUACACAACUGCAGACUGAAGUCAUGAAGCUCGCAGAGCGCUACAAGGCGCUAGAGAAGACGCUACGGGAGAUGCAGGAGACGCUGCGGACCCAGGACAAGGAGAUCGAGGCCUUGAGGCAGGAGAGAGACAGGCUGAUCGCAGAGAGGGAUCAGGCACGCUCGGAGAGAGAUCAGGAGCGUGCAAAGGGUCAGAUUGUUACUGAUGAGAGCAGGUCAGACAACGGUGUCGUGCAGAUGUCUAACACAGGAGAGAGGAAGAACCGACAUCGCAGCCGCAGUCGCAGCAGACCUCAGGUACACCGUAUGGAACCCAUUCCUCCCGUACCGGCUACCCCACGCGUGUCCGCGGAUGCGGAGCAAUUCGCUCGUGCGCGGAGCAUGGACAUCUUCCUCACGAAGACAGACAGCUGGUCCGGCGCGCAGGUCAUACAGGCUGUCGAAGACUUGAAUACAGAGAUAAACCAAUUCGCCGCAUCGGCGACCGAGGCAUGUGUGUUUGCGAAAAGAAUGAAGAGCCGCAAUACUCCCCCGAACGAGGACCCGAGCGCGAUGCAGGAGGAGGAGAAUGCUCCAUGGCUGGGUGAGGCCUUCGCGCGAGUCCUUGGGACCCGCGAUCACGCACAGGAUCCAAUCCUUGUCCAGCUUGCGCUGCAAGCCAGCAUCGCGACGUGUUGCGCCCGCUCGCUGUCGCUCUUCUGCGUAGGCUUCCCGUCCAAGCUCGACGCCCUGCUGUCACGUGUACUGACGUAUAUGCAAUCUGCCGAGCCCCAGGCGACGUCAGCACGGUGGCGGGCGCUGACACACCGGACAAUUCGUAUGUUGUAUCCGGGACUGGAGGAGUACGCCAUCACAGAGCUCGUGGCGACGAUGCUGCGCUGGUCUGCGACUGUCUUCGCGCUCGCAGGCUCGUCGCCUGCCGGCGAGCACACGCCGCCGCUCGUGCUGAGCACGCAGCUGCGGCGCAUCGCGGAUGCCGUGUACAAGCUGGCGCGUGUGACGCGCGAGGAGAUCCUCUCGACGGGCUUCGAGGUCGUGCUCGUGGAGAGCGGUGAGGAAUUUGAGGACGGCAAAAUGACGAACAAGAUGCGGGAUUACGAGGAGUAUCUCGCGGACGACCACGGGCACGCAGGGGCGAGGCCGGACGGUUAUGCCGGCGGUGACAGAAAGGUGAAUGGCGAUCAGGGGCAGGUGGUGUUGUGCACGACCGAGCUCGGCCUGCGCUGCAUCACGAGGAAGACUAGCAAGGGCGCAGCAUCUGACGAAGAUGCGCAAGAUGAUUUAUUCGAGAACAGAAUGCUGCUGUUGCCCAAGGUGGUCCUCAACUCGGGCGUGGAUGCAAUCGGCCGCGCAUAG